AGCCGUCCCACGCUGGCUCCUGAUAGGCUACCGAGGCUGUCCGCCUUGACAGGGGGCUGUGCGCAGGCGCAGAGAGGCAGCGGGACAGGGCUGAGGGUUGGCUACGCGGAGCUACCGGAUCGGUCCGAGAUGGCAGAGGUGGAGGAGACACUGAAGCGACUUCAGAGCCAGAAGGGCGUGCAGGGAAUCAUCGUGGUGAACACAGAAGGCAUUCCCAUCAAGAGCACCAUGGACAAUCCCACCACCACACAGUACGCCAACCUCAUGCACAACUUCAUCUUGAAGGCCCGGAGCACCGUGCGUGAAAUUGACCCCCAGAAUGACCUCACCUUCCUUCGAAUUCGUUCCAAGAAAAAUGAAAUUAUGGUUGCACCAGAUAAAGACUAUUUCCUGAUUGUGAUUCAGAAUCCAACCGAAUAAGCCGCUCUCUUGGCUCCCUGCGUCAUUCCUUAAUUUAAUGCCCCUCAAGAAUAAUAGCAUUAAUCAUGUCAACUGACUGGCAUAUGGAAGUCACCUUAGAGCCCUCUCAGACCAAUCCGGCUGCAGCUCCACCUACCCCACCAAAGUCAUCUCUCUUCUGGCCAGUCGCACCUGAUUUUCCAGGAGGAAAAUCCCAUCCAGGUUUAUGGAGCAAGAGAUUGUGAGAAGCCCACACACCCUGUUUCCUUCUGACUUUGAGUUCACUUUGUUGCCCUUGGAAAAGGCUGUUUUUCUUUAACUAAAAAUAACCAAACCGC